AUGGCCUCUGCACAGUUGAGGUGGUUCCUCGUGGCCAGCCUGCACAUUGUGGCGACAGCCGUGGCAGUGGAGUCGCAGGCAGUGCAAGUGCAGCCCGGAGGUGCUGUGCUUCUGCGGACAGAGAGGAGCGAGACGAACCAGCCCAUAGCCACCUGCAAAGGCCAGUUUGCAGGACACUGCGAGUCCUUUCUGAAAGAUGAAUCUCGUUGUCGCUCGGCCUAUGCCCACUGCGAGGCCAAGACUUGCCUGCAGUGCGCCUUUGCUGAAGGCAGAUGCGAAGGACCGGGCUUCGCAAGUACAUGCUACGCGCCUGAAGGUGCCUAG